AGCAGGACCGCUUGCGAGCCGCGUGCGGAUACCUCGUUUGUUUGUUUGUUGUUCUCUCCCCCUUCCCUCCUUGAAGGAAGCCUGCCUCCUUCGGCGCGGUAGCAGCUUGAAUCACAGCAAAGUCACCCCGCCCCCGCCUCAAAAGCGUACCAGAGGCGCGCCGCCUCUUUCUUUGUUUCAAUAGUGCCUUUUUCCUCCUUUUUUAUCUCUCUUUCUUUUAAUAGUCUCCCCAUCAUGUCACACGCGUUCGUAGAGAACGACGCGGACUACGACGCCUCCCCACGGGUGUACGUCAACAACAUGAACACCCCGCACGCCACUGUCACGCUGCCGGUGCGGCGACGCAACAACCACAGCCACCUGUUCAUGCGCCCCAACGAGGGCACCACGGGCAACGCCGACUCUACCGGCGGUGCCGGCUACGCGGAAUCGUUCGUGAACGCCGGCAGAGGUGCGUUAGGUGGUAGUGGUCGCGGAGCCGCAGCGCAUGCCUACAGGGAAGGCGGCGGGAGGGAUGCACGAGCCGGCUUGGGCCACGGCAACGAGCCGACCACCGCCCACGGCGCCGCGGUGCACCCAAACCUGCAGGACGUCUACAGUCGCAUCAUGCGGCGACUGCAGCGGGAGAUGAACUACGCGGAGUUUUCGCGCGCCUCGCUCGCGGAGCAGUACGGUGUAAACCUCGACCUGCAGUGCGAGGACGAAGAACGAGCCGCGGCGAUGGAAAAGGUGUUCAACGACGGUGGUGAGCGAGACCGACCGCGCGUUGGCGCACACACGGCGGAGCCGAUGUCAUUCCGGGCCCCGUUGCAGGCCUUCUCCUCGCAGCCCGACAACGAGGGGGACGCCUUCGACGAGGCACGCCGCUUCACCUCGCCGCGGCCCUCCCUGCCUGCGUCUCGCCCUCCACCAUCCGGUGGCAGCGGCAACAGAGUAGGUGACGCUGCAGGCGCAGGGGAGCCCUUACCUAGCCAACCCAAGGACGUGAUCCGCAGUCUGGCAGGCGGCACGUCGCAACUCCUGCAGUUCAAGCAGCAGCCUCUCCCCGCCGCUGGUGCCCCGACGAGCUCGUUUGACGACCGCACUGGCGUCAGAAGUGACGCGGAUGUGGAGCGUGAGAUGGCGGAACAACCCUGCCCGCGUCCGCUGCGGCUCGUCGUGCAACACGUCCUGGACACCCUCCAAAAGAAGAUGACGCUCGCCGAGAACGGGUCGUUGCGUGAUUGCAUUAUCUUCUCCUUUGAGUCCCGUGCGCUGCUGGAUCGCUUGUUGAAGGAGAUUCCGCUUUACACGCAGUACGCUGCCUACUCCAGUGCGUCCGGUCACGGCGGGUGCAGAAACUCUGUCGCGGUGCAGCAGGCGGUGUCCGGGGUCUACCAGCAACUGCGCCGGCGGCCGGUGUUACUGCCACGCGGGGAGUACGUGGAGGAGGCGGACACCGGUGCCAUUCACGCGGAGCUUGUGGGCAGCGGUGACGGCGGCGGCGGAAAUGCGGAUUCGGGUCGUAGUGGCAAUGGUACUGGUAAUGGUAAUGGUGGUGGGGUCGGUGCGCUGGCCUCCAUCACCUGCGGCGCCACCCGUCUACCUAACAUCAACGCGCUGCCUGUUACCAUCACCAAUAACACCGUCGUCCACAACACGAACAACACCAAUACCAGCAACAACCUGUCGGCGCAAACGCAGCUGCCGGAGGUGCCGCUGCCUGCCAGCUACGGCAAGUCUACCCGCCUCGCCGCCUCCGUGGCGCGCCAACACAACGCCGCGGCGGGGGGAACUCCGCAGCUGCCGUCGCAGCGCUCCCUCGGCCAUCCCAUCCUGCGCGAUCACAUGUCCACCUCCAACGCCGCGGCGCAGUCGUUUGGUGAGGUCAGCGAGAUGGUGGCCAGCACUAUGGCGGAGCAAAUGAUGGGGGGCGGCUGUGGGGACGAAGAUCAGUCCAGCGGCAGCAACAGCAACCGAGGGCGUAGGGGGUUGGCCUCCGACGCCGCUGCGGCCCACCGCGUCACGCAGCUCGUCAGCGUCGGCACCAUCACGGAAGAAAACGGAGUCACGACGGUUCCGCAGUCCGCCUACGCCGCCCUGCAGCAGCGCAUCGAGGAGCUGCAGACCCAACUCGCCGACGCCCAGCAGCACCGCAGCGCCCUGGCCGAUCAGCUGUGCGAGGAAGAGCAGUACACGGACCAGAAGAAGCGCAUAGUGCAGUACCUGCGCGAGACACUGUUGCGGGAGUGUAACAUGCUUCGUACGCAGCUGCACCACGCCACCGCCGUAUCGGCCUCGACGUCGCCGGCCACGGGGAAAGGCACGCAUGCACAGCGCGCUGCCGGGAUGGGCGCCACCGGUUUGCACAAGGACACUUCCUUUGCUGCGAGUGGGCUGGGCGGGAGCAUGCACCACGGCCACGCACGUCAGCAGAAGCAGUCCAACGCCGCUGCGUUGUCGACGUCGACCCCGAUGGCCGCCUCAGCGGUGAUGCAGCAGAAGCCGCGUGUUGACUGCCGGAGUGGCAGCGGAAGUCUGGGGAGCAUGUACGCCGGCAGCCUCAGUGUCGCGGCUGGCACAGGCGGUGGUGGUGCUGGGCGGAGUAUGCAUCGAUCCUCUCAACAAUCCCGCAAUGGAGGGAAUGGAGGUGGUGGUGGUGGUGGUGGGAGUAAUAACAACACGAGCAACAGCCUUGGCGGUGGAGGUGGUCACCGCAACUCCCCAGGCCACACUACCACCUUCACCAGCUCGCGCAGUGACGGAUUCCACACCGAGUUGGACGCGGUGCACAGCCUGUUGGACCUCGCCCUACUCGCCGUGGAGGAGGAAGCGGUGCUGCCGUCCCAUACGGUGGAGCAGCUGCAGAGUGGACUCGGUGAUGCGGAGGUCUUGCACAGCGGCUUCCGCAAGAACGCGAAGCAGCAGCUGGACGAGCUCCGCGCUGACUUCGAGGGGCGGCAGCAGGCGCUGAAGCAGACGCUGCUGCACCAGACUGCAGAGCACAACUUCGUGGUGGGCGAGCAGCAGGCGGAGGUGGCGCGGCUGCGUGCGCUGACGGACAUGUCGAGCGUACGCGAAACGCUGCAGGCGAGUGUGGGGGAAAUCCGCGCGGAGCUGAACCUUGUUCGCAUGCACGUGGCGGAGCAACUGCACUUCUUCAAGGCCAUUCUGCACAGCACCGGGCAAGGUCUGAUCCACCGCGCCGCGCUUGUCGACAGCACGAUGAGCGACAACGUCACGCUGACGUCGACGCUGAACGCGAUGAAGGAACUGAUUGAGUCUGCCAGCUCCCUCUUCUUACCGAUGCUCACCCGCGAGUACGAGUGCGGCUACCACCCGUGGCCGUUGAAGGUGCGCAACACCUGCGACCCCCUCGGCCACAUUGUGCAGCUCCGCUUUGGCACGGCAGAGGUGUUGCGGCUGCGUGACUCGCUGACGGAGUUCGGCAAGCUGUACGAGGCAAUCCACCUGUACGUGAUGAAGCACGCGGUGCUGCCAGAGAGUGCCCGUCCGGCGACCGGCAAGCCGCUGGAGUACCUGUGCGCGGCCUUGGCGCUGAACCCGACAAGCUACACCGACGCUGUCUUCGCUGCACGCCGCUGCCACGACGUGGAGGGGCAGCUGCGCAAGAAGUUGGUGCGGCUGCAGUCGCGCAUUCUGUGGAACGCGUACCUGCAGCACGUGCUCGUGGAGCGCUCCAUCGCGGCGCUCGCCGAGGCGGGCAUCGACCCGCGUGUCGCGAUGUUGCCGGUGGCACGGCGCAUCGAUGUGCUGGCGCAGCAGCGCGGUGACCUGUUGCAGGCGCGCGUGAAGAUUCAGCGCGAGCGCGCCGAGAAUGCGAAGGAGGUUUAUCGGCUCUGGCGUGAAAAGGAGAUCGACAUCAUGGAAGGCUACCCGAUGCCGCAGACGCAGCGGAAUCAACUGACGCUGCUGAACAGCAGUGGCGCUGUGAACAGCUUGGAAGGCGGGGCGGUGGGCAAGGCAAAUCCGAGGUCGUCGCGCUUUGCUUCAUUUUUUCAGCGCCUCUCGGCAGACAGCAGCGGAAGCCCCAACUCGUCCAGUCUCUGA